CAACCCGACGCACCGAUUCUUGGGGUUUCCGCGGCGGCGAGCCAACAGGCGAGAGAGAGGGAGAGAGAGGGGGAAGAGAUGAUCAUCCCGGUGCGCUGCUUCACCUGCGGCAAGGUGAUUGGUAACAAAUGGGAUACGUACCUCGAUCUUCUUCAAGCGGAUUAUACUGAAGGAGAUGCUUUGGAUGCUUUGGGCUUGGUUCGCUAUUGCUGUAGGAGGAUGCUGAUGACCCAUGUUGAUCUCAUCGAGAAGUUACUCAAUUACAACACUCUUGAGAAGACCGAGUCCAAUUAAGUUGGAGGCGAUGGAGUCUUCCCAAGAUCAGUUCAUACUGAAGUGGCGUUUCGUCCCGGUAGCAGAAACACAUUUUAUACCAUACAUCAGUUUGUUGGUCGGUACAAAAAAAACCCAUGUGAGGUGUCAUGAAACACUACCUACUGUUGGAGAUCUAUACACUUUGCGUGAGUUAUGAGUGGGGUUUGUGCAGCAAACAGCUUUGUCAGUCGAUAACUCAUUGGAGUAGUAAUUUUCUCUACAAGCACUGUCAGUUAAAUAUCAGUAUCUAUAGCAAAAUUACCGUUAAAAAUCA